UAACUUUUUUUACUUGACUGCUUUUUACUCAAGCUAAAUAAAUUUUCAUAUGCGAUAAGCGAACAUUUAUGUGCUGCAGAUAAUCAUAUAGCUAUCGUUAACAAACACGUUCAUCUAAGAAUUUUUAAUUGUUAGCAUUAACUUUUUUUCUCAGUUCAACAUAAAAAUUUAUUGAAUCCAAAUAGCACUGAUAUUUAAAUUCUAUUUGUUGCUAGUAAAUACUCUCCGUAUAGAUGCCAAAUAAUCGCUCAACUUAUAGCAAGCAACUUUUUCAGUUACGUAUUUUUAUCAGCACUAAAUAACCAAGUUAUUUGCUACAUUGAAACCUUGACUUGGGGUAGACACAUGUGUUUCUUGUUAUAAGUGUAAAAAAUAUUCGGAUGAUAACCGACUCGAGCCGAUACGAACCCGAAGCAGUUAUUCCCUUUGAAGAUCGGUACACCUGCGUGCAGUUGUGCAUCAUUCAGCGGUCAGAAGCCAAUGCGUCUGCGGGUUAAACGAAUUAUCGUAGAUCUCGAAAAGUAGUGCGCCGCCGCCGGGUCGUGUGGGUAGGUUAUAUCACAUUAUAUCUCGGCAUACUUUGAUUUGGCUACAAAAAUAUUUUGUGCUUGUUUAUGUGCUAAAAUGGAUUACGAAGAAAUCCUCAAACGAUGGGGAUUCGAAGAGUAUGUGGAAAAAUUCAAAGAUCAAGAAAUUAAUGAUGUGAGUUUCAAUCUCCUCGACGAGGACACAAUUAAGGAGAUAUUCACUAAAAAAGGGCCAUACCUUGUAUUCAAAGCGAAAUAUAAAGAGUUUCGCGAAAGGCGAAACGAAAUUAUUAUUUAUAACGAUUUGGAAACCAUAUCUAAUGCUUCGACAACAAGCAAUGAGAGUACCGUUACAUUAACCAGCAAUGAGAGUGAUGUUGAUAUUAGCAAUCCCAUUCAUUCCAAUUUAGUGGUGAUUACUCCUGAGGAAGAAUUGGAAAACAUGUUGAAGAAUUUUUCAGAUCACCAAAAUAAUUCGUCCGAUGCUAAUUUUUUGAUUCCAGACAUUCCACCAGCUAAAAAGUCAAGAAUCGAGAAUUCUGUCUUUACUAAACAUAAGACGUUAGAGGAACUACUUCUUAAAUCUGGAGCAGAGGGAUUGUCAAUUCUGGCGAAAAAAAAGAAACUUUCGCCAGACUUAAGGCAAAAGCUCGUCAAUAUUGUUGUGGGGGAACUAUGUGCAGACAUAAUUUCCAACCGUGGAAAUGUAGAGUUAAAACCAAUAGUAUUUAGUAGAGCCGCAAAAGAAAUUUGCAGUUUUUUUCCUGAAGAAUGCGAAGACGUGUAUUAUAUUCCAUACAUCUCUGGUAAAGGUGGUUUGAGGAGAGUUCCUACUCGAGGAAAACUUUGGAGCCGUUAUUUAACCAUCAAAGCCCAGCUCAGACUUCUGAAUAAAGAGAAAAACAGAAUUGAAAACACAGGCCAAACUGUUGAAGAAACUGAUCCGGAUACAAAUAAAGAUUUGGAGUUUUUGAAGGAAAAUGAUGCUCCCUUUCCCAGAAUUUUAGAAGUUUGGGAAAAUACCUUUGAAGAAAGAAGAAAAUUACUCGCGAAAAAAGAGAAUCCCGUAGAUUUUAUUUCUUCCUUCAAAUGUUUACAAGUUGAUAACGGAAUACUUUUGCUGGAAGCUGAUUUCAACAGAAUUUAUUCAGAAAAAAUCGACAUUGUUUAUAAGAAUUGGCCCAAGGUUGCUGAAGCUAUAAUUUUCGAAUUAAAAGAAAGGGGAGUUCAUUUAGGAGAAUAUUCCGAGUUUGAUAUAACAAGUCAAGCAUUACUGCAAUUGACGUUUAUGUUCUCGACAGUAAAUAUUAGAAAAAACAAGGAAAAUUGGCGCCCCAGUCGGGCAGAAGUUAAAGAUAGUUUUUUCUUCAAAUUAAAUCAAUUAUCUGAUUUGAAUGAAAUCAUAAAUCGCCGGAAACAAAAACUCGACAAGCUGAAUUUUCCAUUGCAACCAUUCGGCUACAUAUUUGAUGAAGAUUAUUACGUAUAUUUAUAUGAUAAAUCCUACAAAGUGGAUGUACCAUCGGCAUGUAGAUGCUUGGAGCUCUUGUUCAAGACAUACUACGUGUUAAAUUUAGAGUAUCCAGCAGAAUCGCGCCACAUCUGGCAGUUCGUCCAAGAAAUAGUUUUUGAAUUUAACGCAACGUCAAAAACAAGUAGCACAGCUUGUGCAUUGGCAGAUGUGAGAUACCAUUUGAACAUUUCAAACAGUUCUUAACCAUUAAGAGUGUUACUUUUACGGCUGUUUUUGAUA